AUGAAUGGAUUUUCUUCGAAAGAUUAUUCAAAUCUUAAAUCAUUUGAACUCGAAAAUUAUUGUUAUACAGGUUCAAUUUCACAAAAUAAUUUUGGUUAUUCAAACUCUCUAAAAGUCGUUAGAAUAUACAGCGAAAUAACAACAGAAGAAAAAUUUAUAUCAAAUAGUAGCAACAUUGAGGAAAUUUGUUUCACAAACUUGAAAAAUGAAACUGUUAACAAUGACUACGUAUCACCAAAUAUCAAAAAUGUCACAUUGAUUGGUCCAAUAACAAUUUUAGAUCAUGUAUUUGAAAAUUGCAGUUCUCUAAUAUCGAUUUCAAUUCCAACAGCUAUAUCAAUUGGUUUUUCCACUUUUUCUAAUUGCAAAUCUCUCGAGAAUGUGAAUAUUCCUAAUAUUACAAAUCUUGGGGAUUCUGCAUUUUAUUCUUGCUUGGCCCUCAAAACAAUUGAAUUUCCUAAACUAACUAAAGUUGGCUAUAUGGCUUUCACUGGCUGUGAAUCCCUUAAGAAUGCAAAUAUUACUCAACUAGCAGAAAUUGGUCCACUUGGAUUUGCCCUUUGUAGUGUACUUGAAACAAUAAACUUUGAAGAAGUAAUAUCAAUUGGUCAUUCAGCCUUUUUUAGAUGUUAUUUUCUUAAAAAUGUAAACAUGCCUCAUCUUAAGAAUAUUACUGAAAAGAGUUUUCAAUAUUGUGUUGCACUUGAAAUGGUAAACUUUGAAGAAGCAACGACAAUUUCUGAAUAUGGCUUUUAUCAAUGUGAAUCUCUGAAAAUUGUACACAUUCCUCAUCUUUAA